GGGGAAGACGAGGACGGGAAAGAGGAGGAGGAGGAGGAUGGAUAGUGAUUAUGGUGAUGGCAGGAGUGAUGGGGAGGACGUGGGGUCUUGGGGACGUGCACACAUCAGUAGCGACGGUGGCUCAGCUGGUGGAGGCCGAGCAUCACGUCAUCAGCACCCUACAGGAGUAUCUCGACAAGGAAGAAGAAAGACUGAACACCAUCAGGAAAUACAUAGGCAGCUGGCAGGGUGGUCAGGCAGAUUAUGUCCACAACCCGAUCAACAGUUAUCACUUCCUGAGACGCCUGACGCAGGAGUAUACGACGGUCCAGGACGCCCUUUACGACACCUCCCUCCAAGCGGUACGGGAGAACAUCACGUGGCUGAGAGAGAGUGUAGACCAACCAGUUGAAGCUGAUGUGAACGGUGCUGCCUAUGCCUUGGUGCGCCUCCAACACAUCUACGACCUGAACAUGAACGACCUAGUGGAAGGUGAUAUCCUAGGCACGAAGGCCAUCCAGGAACUGUCUGCGGACGACUGUUUGAGACUGGGGCAACAGAGCUUCAAUAACCUGGAAUUUGAGCUGAGUAAACAGUGGUACAGGAAGGGGCUGGAGAUGAUGAAGGCGAGGCAGCCUCUUACACACCACGACCAGCUCAGGAUCGACAAGUUAACCAAGCAACAGCAUCAACGGGUCCUUAUGCGUGACCUGGUGACGAAGUUGGCCAAGAGCUCUGACGAGAAGGUCUUGCAAAAGUUCUCUGGUCUGGGCAUCCCAACUUCCUUCCAGAAACAGAUUUACGCUGACGACAAGGAGUUUGGCCAACUGGAUAAACUGGACAACUACUACCAGCGUCUGUGUCGAGGAGACCAAGUCCAGGUGCCCGAGGCGUACAGGGGCCUUAAGUGUGGCUACGUGCACGGGAACAGCGGCUACCGUCGACUAAUGCCCUUCAAGGUGGAGCUACGGUGGCCCGAUCCGGUCAUCGUUGUCUACCACGACGUGCUGUCUGACGCAGAGACGGACAUGGUGAGGGAGAUCGCCACGCCUCGCCUCACCACCACCAUGGUCCACUCCUUCACCACACACGAGGCUCGCAAGUCCCUCGCCAGGAUAGGGAAAGCAGCGUGGGUAAGGCGUGGAGACGAUAAGACAGUGGACAAGAUACUACAGAGAAUUGAGGACAUGACGAGCCUAACCACGCGCACCUCAGAGGAUUUUCACGUCCUUAACUACGGCAUCGGCGGCCAUUACGACGCUCAUGUGGAUUUCUUCGACUUACAGAACAAAUCCCUGGACAAAGAGCCACAUCAGGGAGAUCGUCUGGCUACUAUACUGUUCUACCUGAACGACGUAGAGGCUGGAGGGUCGACAGUAUUCCCCAUGUUGGGUGUGGAGGUGCCAGCCAGACGAGGUUCAGCACUCUUCUGGUUCAACAUCAAGCGUAGUGGCCAAGGCGACUACCGCACACUCCACGCCGCCUGCCCCGUCCUGCUUGGCGAGAAGUGGAUUGCCAACUUGUGGAUACACGAGUUUGGGCAAGAGUUCCGGUGGCCUUGUACUCUAGACCCUGAGGACUAGACCUCCCCUUCCCCUCCUCCUCCCGUUAAGUGUGGACGUAAUCAACUGCGGGAAGAUUUACCGUACAUCACGAUAGGGUUCCUAUUUCUCGCUCAUCUCGGCAAAUCGGAUCACGUGAAGAUUAACCAACUCCGCUUAUUCCACUCUUAAGAUUAAAUAUACUAACGCUAGCUUAACCUUGUCUAACCUAACUUAAACUUACUUUAACCUAACCCCCUCAGGUGGUGUUUGUGUGUUUAAUCAUCAGGUGGAAUAAGCUGGGAAAGGGAGGCUUGUAGUCAUGUUAUCUUCAAGACUUCUUAAUGUACACAAGGCGAGGAGGACCGUUUAAAUUUAUGCUAAAAAAGAUCUUGGAUGGGCAGGGGAAUUAGGGUAUACUGUAGGCUAAACAACACGCCUAAAAUAUAUAAACAAUCUAGCACUUUUCACCUCCCUAAUAGAACCAGUAUUUACGAAUCAAAGAAGGGCCAGUAUAUAUAGUGUAUAAGUAUCAUAUAUUUUAGCCUAUUUCCCACUUAUUUAUAUAUUUAAGAGACAACGUUUAUUCCCUCCCUAUAGUCAUUUCAUCCACUGACCCAGGGCCGGAUUCAGGAGUGGGCAAAGUGGGCAGCUGCCCAGGGGCCUCCACAAUCU